GCGAUAGGAUGUGGCGCGUGCAAAAUGUACUGACUUGGGGAGUGCUUCUUCUCAGACGCUGCCAGUACCUCGACAGCGUCCCCAAAGCCGUUCCAGAGACACCGAGUCAUGUCGACACUCGAUAGUCACCGACGAAAGAAAUAAGAACAAGACUUCACUUUGUGGUAACCUUUCGUCGUCGUUCGUAGUGGAUCUUCUUCGGGGAGUAUAUCACAUAGGGGGUCGCUUGAGUUGCUCGAGUCUUCAGGCAAAAUAUGGAAAUAAAGCUGGAGACGACACGCUGAGAACUUUGGGGCUCUGCCCUGCGCUUUUCUCGCGCGUUUGCCGAGUUUAUCCCUCUUCAAGCGUGUAGCUGAAUUAAACCGAUGCUUUCAGUUGCUCGAUGGGAUUACCACUCGUUUGUUACCUUUUCGGGGCUCUUUCUUUCUGCAGUCACGAAUCCGUGCAAUGUCCUCGACUCAGCGAUACCCACGUGAAGUCACGCCUGUUCGUUGGCUUUUUUGCUAUCUGAUUGCGCCAGAGCUUGUUUUGUGCAUUUCAAUCUAGAACGAAUCGACGAGUUCUUCGCCUGUCAAAUCACUGGACAAAAAACUGAGGAAGCUCUUUUCCUUUCGUCUCUCUCCUUGCACUCCCGUCCGUCGUUCUGAUCACUGUGGCCGUAGCUUUUUGUUUACAGAGAUGGCUGAUCCCAGUGGAAAGCAAACGCAUCUUGCUUCCGAGUGUCCUCCUGGUGAUUCGUCUGUCGAUCGGGGCUCGGACUUCGCUUGUUCGUCGUCUUCUGCUGUCUGUCCAGAUGGCAAAACGCCUGGACGUCGACAGCCGAGCGUCUUUAAACUCAGUGCAUCGACGACUCCUCUAGGCAGAGUGCCUCUGUUCCCUCCUGCAGAGGAACCAUUGCGUUUCGCGUAUUCUGGUGUUUCAGCAGCUCCUUUCCAUGACUCCAGCCGAACGCUUGGCUCUCAGAGGGUGGACUCCUCGUUCGCAUCAGAAAAACUUGCCACCCAUUGUGGAGCCCCGGCUUCUUCGAGGUCUUUCUUCGCCUCGGAAAGAGGUGUGCGCUUCGUGGUGAAUCCGUACGCGUCCGAGGAACAAGCAAGUCCAGAGAGACAAGGUCGGCAUCUGUGCUCGUCCGGCGUCUUCCCAGGUGUCGGCGCAGAAGCUGAGAAGCGACAGGCAGAUGCCGAGAUUGCGCAGUUGGCCAUUCGCGAGACCGAGGAGGGCGCGCCUUCUGCGUUCGUGCUGAGAAACGUCGUUGAAAGAAAUGUAUCGUCUGACAGCUUAGGAGACCCCUCGGCGGCAACACCUGCCCGCGCAGGUGCAGCUGUAACCGAUUCUUUGUCAGCUUCAUCAGGGGGUCCCCAAGGCGAGCUCCCAUCUUCUCUCCCUUCGUAUGCCGCCGUCGAGGCACCUUAUGGGUUCCCGAUGCCUGUCCAUCGUUCUCUUUGUUCUGGGAGAAACGGAUUCGAGGGUGACGAUUCCUUGCGAAGGGCCGUAGGUGUCUCGCCGCCGCCUGUAGAGGCAAGAGACAAACGCACUUUGAGGAUGCACGACGACUCAGGCUUUCUAGGAGGUCGCCAACUGAGCGAGAAGGCGCGUGAAGAAAUCGAGGACCACAAUCUCCAGCUUCUGAGCCGCAUGCAUCCCCAUGAAAUCCGCGAGGCGCAGGAAGAAAUCUUGCAGCGUUUCGGAACGAAACGGUUUGAAGCGCUCCGGAGACGUGCGCUCAGGCGGGCGCAGGCGGCUCAGAGAUACGAGAGAAGAGUGGCACUCGGCGGAGACUACAGUCGUGAUGCAGGAAACCAGGGAGCAGCGAAUGGAAGUGCUGCCAGCGGCGUAACGACUCUCUGUCCAGAAGGAGUCGUCCCCGUCAAGACCGCGACGGAGGACCCUCAUGGUACUGCCAACCCCUCGACCGGGUCGCCUUCAUCCGGCUUGUGUGUCUCCCCGUCUUCCGGUAGUUCUCCUGUAUCGUCCCCGCCCCCGUCAGCAUCGUCGUCAGCUUCAUUCGCCCUUCCUGGCGGCGGGAAGUGCAUUCUGGAAUGGAGCGUAGACCCGCGUGUCUUGUCCGAGGAAGCUGGGGUGCCGCAGGGGUUGCAGAGCCCAGCAAGAGCCUUCCCGCAUGCGCGAGUCGGAGACCUUCAAAUGGACAAGAAGAUUGACGACAGCUGGAAAACGAGAGAUGCACGGCGUCCAACUCCGGAACCGGUUAUGUCUGACUGCUCGCGGGGACAAGGAGAUGUAAAGCCUAGAGGAGUGAAGAGUUCUGUGCGCUUUGACAUCCAGGAGGCUGCGAAGCUUCAGUGGGCAAAUCCGCUUGACGUUGAGGAUGCCCGAGGGGGACCCGUGGAGGAAGCAGAUGAAGAGGAAUGGGAUGCAGCAGAGGUGAAGGCGAUUGUCACAGGCUCAGCGAGACCCGGCAAGACAGGCAAACGACGACGCAUUCGCAUCGAGAAGCUUCGAUUUGACUUUGACGGGAAGCUCCGGAGCCAGAUGUUUGUUUUUCAGGCACUCUGGGACGCCAUCCGCUUGCUCCAGCAAGUCGACGGAAAGUCCCUCUCUUCUGAAUCGUUUCCUCUUCGCAGUCUUCACGAACUGGUCCCUGAAGACCCUCUAGAGUUCCACAGGGGCCUCCACCACCACAGCGAUGAAGCCGCCCUUCCCGGUUAUACACUGGGUGAGCUGUUUCAACUGGCUCAGAGUGCAAGCCGCCCUCAAGCCGCGUUGGCUGUUCGUACACUCGGGGCCGUGCUCCGACAAUCUCGGGUGCUUUUUUCUGUUUCGAGAAGAAUCGACACCCUGUUGUGUGGACACGCAAGCGAGGUGUCAUCUGUUCUAUCGUCCCUGUAUCUCGGAGGCACUGCUGAGCAAAAAGGAGAGACAGGUGACAGCUUCUCGCUUCUUCGGCCCUUCGAUCUCUCCGAUUCUACCGUCGUCUCAGCUUUUGGUCUAGGCUUUCGUAGGUGGAGACGGUUUGUCUUUCGAGAUCUGUUCCUGUGCUGGAGACUUGCGUCGCUCCUUCAGCAGCAGACGCCUGCUACCCACAGAGCUGCCCUCGUCGCCCUAGAUGCCGCACUUGCUGUCCCCACUCGCGACGAGGUGGUUGGGCUGGAUGAUGCCUGUAGGCUGGGGGACACUGCGGCAGGGAUGGGAGAAGGAGACGAAGAAGGACAAGGGGACACAGAGGAAGGCGAGAGGGAACGGAAUCAUGAUGGAGAGGGUCCGUUCUGGUGGCGGGGAGUUGCCUGGGGAGGCGGUUGGUCGUUUCCGUUUUUUCUUGAACCGAGUCGCAAAAACUCGACCUGCAGGGUAGCGGGAAAAUCCAGCGACGGGGCGAAAAGCACAGAUCACCCCACGCCUUUGUUGGUCCCUAGAGGCGCCACAGAAGCCUUUGCAAUUGGCUGCCUCAAUCACGGAGGAGGCCAAAUGGUAGCGACGCGUUCUGGGCAUCCGGCUGCGAGAUGCGUGUCAGCAAACGAAGCAGCAAACGGUGGAACGGGGAAGGACCACAACGAAGCACAGGAAAUUUCAUUCUCCACUUUCUCACCCCCUCGAGGAGACGAAACCACGGACACGGAGAAGGCACGCCUCGAACGCGUGUGCUUGUAUGGCUUAGGAGGCUUUGAUCUUGUUGAAGAAGGAGACAGUGGCUUUCCUUUGUUGAGUUUCGCAGGUCCAGGCGGUGGAGAAGAAGAGAGAAGCGGGUGCGGAGGCGCGUGCACAUUCUGGCAGGCGCUGUCGCUUCGCGUGCGUGCACAACAAAAGGCAUUGGGCUGUGUAGAGGUCGAAGAUACGAACGAGCAGCGACCCAGGCGGGUCAAGUUCUCGGCUGCAGAGGGAGCCUCUGCUGGGGAGGCGACGCCCGCCUCCGAUGACGAGGAAGAUGUCUCAAUUGCGGAGCUGUUCUUUCGCCAUCCCAUCUCUUCCCUCCUCACCUACAGCCACCUUUUAGACCGUCUCUCUUUUUUCCUCAGUACCUACGAGGGCGACGAAGAAAUCGAGCGCAGCUGCCUCCGUCUGCUACUCCCUUGUUCUCUCCUCGGCCCCUCGGCAGUCGACCAGAUUGUCUUCCACCCCAUUCUCUCGCAGCGCCUCCAGCACCUGGCGCAAAGUCUGGUUGUCGGCUCGAGUGCUCGCGGGGUUCGUAUCCAGCGCCAGCGAGUCACUUUGUUUUCGAGUGCUAAAGACUGCGACAUUACCGUUGGUAACGCCUCUCAACACGUGACAGCUGGCGACGUGUACAGGCAGCUGCUGUCUGCGAAAAAAGCAGAAGCUGCAGCUCUGGCGGAGCGCUGUGGCACGCCGCUAUCUUCCGCAGAACGCAGGGUACUCCUUGACCUUCUUCGCUUGCUUCGGUGCUUCGCCAGGUGGGGCACGGUUCGGCCACACGACGGCGAGGACAACGCCGACGCAGAAAACACUUUAUGGGGUGAAAUGUCUUCCGCUUUCUGGGCGUUGAUCAACCAGAGCAUGAUGGAGGGUGUUUCCGUUAUCCCACGAAUAGAUGGAAAGGAACCGAAGUGCGACGAACGGGAUGAACAACAAAGUGAAUCAGCGGUCCGUAGCAUCCACGAUAACGCUUCACAAGCGACGAUUUCAUGUCCGGCUCCUUCCUCGGUGGCGUUUCCGACUGAGGUGCAGCAGCUGCUGGCGGCCGCCGAAGCGCUUCGGGUCAUGCGGGUGGCUGUUUAUCGGAAUGGGCGACCUGACGAAUUUGCCUCCUUCUACCCAGUUCUUGCCACGUACGUACACCAGUUUGCAACUUGCCUGCAACAACUAUAUGGAGAGUCCAUUCUCCUCCGGCUUCUCUUAGACGCGACUCCGUCACCCCUCCCACUUCAAGGAAAAGACGACGGAAUAGCGAGCGACGAAUUGCUUCGGCCAGCUGCCGCCCCUCCCUUGGAUAAUUCGCUGACUUACUCCUUUUCCCAUGGGUCUCAUACGUCUGAGAGCAAACCUUCGCGGCAGCUGGCUGCCCUCGGCAGCCAAAUGGAGGCGGUGUGGACCUUCCAUGGAAGUGUCACGAGAGAAAUCUUCUUGUGGGCAACCCUCAGUCUGGAGAAGCGGAGGCGUGUCAGAUGGGACGAGCCGGAAGGGCCUGCCCGUACUGGUAUGGAGGGCGCGUCGCUUCUCGGUCCCGUCCCCGUUCUUCUUCGCCUCUUUUGGCAGUUGAAGCCUCACACCUCCUCGGUCCCCUCUCUGGCUUCCUUCCGCGUUGUCCAGAGUGCUCUUCAGCUGGCUUCCACCAGUACGUCGCUGGUGAUUCGGUCGCUACUGCCGCUGUCUCGAGAGAACGCGACCGUUGGUGCUCCCGCCGGAGCCCCUUUGCGCGGAGCUAACCAAGACCAGUCGAGGGCAAAAGCUUGCAAACAUGGGGAUUCCUCUGCGUUGCCGCCUUCCGUUUCCGCCGGGGCUACAUACGGCUGUGUUGAAACCCUGACUGCAGCUAAAUAUUCCACGAAGAAGGACGACGUAGAAUUACGACUAUCGUCGAACGGCAGGAAGAUGGAAUGCGCCUCGGCCAGUGUGUCCACAGGGACGCAGGAGGAGCUGCCAGGCGACGCGCGACAAGAUGCCGGGAGUUUCAUCGGAGAGCGCAAAUCGUCAGGGAGAAAGCAGGUAGGGAGAAUGGCGUGGACGAGAGACGAAGAGCUUCUUUUCUUCCGGUGGCUACGGUCGUCACGUCCUGUGUUGGACGCGCUGCUGUGUGACACCCGUGAAGAGGAAUGUGGCUCGGCAUGUUCACCGAGAAAGGGAGUGGAAGACAUUUGGAACUCAUCUUGCCUUUCAUCCGGCGUACCCUGUAUUCAAAUCAUGAAACAGCUGGCCCUGAAGCUAGACGGGAAUAAGAACGGAACGGAUCUCGCGGCGAGUGUCGCCGCGUACGCCAUUGAAUCAGGGUGGUCGUCAGGAAUUCGGUGCUGCUGCCACAGACAAGGGGCUGGGAAGAAUGCGACACCAAUGGGGACCCUGCAAACGGAGACAAGUUUAGGCAAGGAGCCAGCAGAAAGUACCGUGGUGGUGGGUCAGGGAGCGUCGGCGUGCUGGAGAGGUGUCAUUCCUGCCACCAGUGAGAACUUUGCGUCACUUCCCUCAGAGAGGGAACUCGCAUUUCUUGCUCGACUUCAAUGUGGCGUGGGUGUGACACAAACAUUGAGAAGCAGCGUCGACGACGAAACCGCAAAGAAAGCAGCGACAGAGAAGCGAACCUCGGUUUUCUCGUCACCGUGUUCGUGUCCCAAGAAAGCUCCGUCUCGGUCGGGGCUCUCCUACAACUUGUCCUGCAUCGCCAACGAAUGCAGUGAACAUGGGUGUCCGUCGUUUGACCAAACCCGCAAGGAGCACCGGAAACCGAAUCCAAGAAACGCUCUACCUCAUGAGAUUGAAGGCAUUCUAACGGAGGCACGUUUCCUCAUCACUGUCUCCGACUUUCUAACUAUGGCCAUCUACCUCGCACGCCAAGCUUCUACAUCUGCGGUUGCGGUUGCGCGUUGUGCGCCGGCGGGACCGAACAAUCCAAACGGUGACGUUAUUGGUGAAGUCUUCUCCACAAAACUGCUUCUAUCUCUUGGCAUUUCUGCUGCAUCGCUGUGUCGCAGUUUGAAAGUUUUUCUGCUCGCUCUCUUUCGGUGUUUGCGGUGGCCAGAACCUCUAAUGGGACAUCGGGGCAUCCUGGAUGCCUGCAGAUCGUUUUCGACAGUUCGCAGUGAUACAAUUGGGACAUCCGAGUGUCAGUGUCGUGUCACUGCUUCUGGGUCGUCCUCGGCUUCGUCUGCUGCAUCACCUUCUUCGUCACCUGCGCCCCCACCUCUGCGCUCUCAUGAAGCGAGUGCGUGCUCAGGACCACUGCUGCUCUUCGAUGUCCUGGCGCGUCUAAUGCUCACCCUUCUGGGACUGCGUCGCGUGUGCAUCACCACAGCCUCUGCUCGCAAGAGAGGAGAGAAAAGACAAGAUGAUAUCCGUGAGAGGAGCUACAGAUAUGCGCAGUGGGAUGCAUACGAAGAACAAGAUUGUCUUUUGGCGGCGGUCAGCGCAGCGUCGACCUCUCACACGUUUCUCAAGUGUGUCGUCUCCCUAUACUCGAAUACGUCUCUCGCAAUGAACACCUGGAAGAGACACGAGAAACCAAAGCCGUCUAAGCUCUCUCUUUCAUGCGGUGUGGAAAGGCAGACCUCUACCAGAGCACGUCAUGGCAAGGGAGAAAAACGAGAAGGAGGAGAAGACGAAGGAGAACAGCUUUUCAGGAUGCACGGCCAGGAUGACUGGAAGCAGGAGUGGUUAGAUGCAGCAACGGAAUGGUUCCUUCUUUGUUUUCCGCCUUCUGGCAGCACCUUACAACGCGUCGAUGCUCAGAGAGAACAGGGACGUGUUGCCUCAAACACGGAAACUCCCCGUCACAGGGAUAUCACGUUCACGGCCGUUUAUCGCUCUCUCUCAGCUGUCGUUGCAGAAGUAGAAGGAAGGCGUCGAGAGGACGAAGAAGUGGAUGGGGAAGCAUACGAAAGUACAGAGGCGACGCCAUGCCAGGAACGCCUUUUCCCGGUACCACUUUGUCUCCUUGAGUCCCUCGAUGACAUCUGCUCCAGCGUAUUUGCGGAGCCUGGAGAGGAUGAGGAAGCGGCGAACACGGAAGGAGGCGAGAGAAGUGGGGAUAUGCCACAACGGGAAGGAGCCACUGAAAAUGACUCUCAACGCAGGCACCUUGCCUCGGCUCUGCCGUGUCUCCCUCCGUUUGUGUCGCCUCUGGAUGCGUUAGUGGGGGGCUGCUUGUGGGGCUCGUUAGGUCUAUAUUCGUCUUCCUUGCGUUGUUCUGGAGCCUCUGAAUCUCACGCGACAGACACCAAGGGACUAAGACCAGACGGGACAGACGAAGGGAAUCGAACUUACGAUAAUGCCUUUCCACUCGUCUUCAUCCUCAGAACCGCGCCGUUUCUUGUCGAGAGUCUGGGACAAUAUUUCCCUCCUUCUCUUAUUUUCUCAAGCCUUCUCCUUUUCUACACAGAACCGAGUGUUGCGAGAGGAGUUGACGGUCUCAGCCACAGCGUGUCUUCUGCAUCUUACCGCCGGCCCAACGACAGGGGAGAACACGAAGCAGCGAACCAGGAGCAAGAUGUGUCUCUGGUACGCCCUUCUGCCUCGUCGUCUGUCUCAUCUUCCACUUCUUCCUCCCCUGUCUCGGCUUCUGCCAGUGCCGGCAGCUGCGCUUCGCUUGCGCCAGCAGGACCGGGAAGGUUGACACUGAAGCACUUGGAUGAUCUCUGGUGGUUGCUUGAUGCGUGGCUUCUGCAACCUCUUGGGAGGGCCUCAAUGCGAGGGCACUUGAGUGAACCUUAUCCGCUUCAUGCUGCUCCAGCAUUGAUCCCAAGACAGGAGCAAGGGAAGGCCAGGGAGGCGACAGACAGCACGGAGCAGAAGGUCGGUGGAGCAGGUGGCACGGAGUCCGAUUCGUCAAAGUCCCCGCAAACGCUAGGCUGUCCUAAGGUGCAGAUAGAAGCUCAGCCAUCUCUCUCGUUCAGUGACGCGUUCAUGGCAAUAUGGAAGGCGGUCACCACAGCGAGGCCAGAAGAGGUGGAGGCAUGCAUAGACAACGUGGUCAUGUUUGCACUAAGGACGGAGAAGUCUGUGGAGAACAGCAGUCUCGAAAAAGAUUUUGCGAGGUGUAGAGAAGGGCACGAUGGACAGGAAGGACGGCAUUCACACGACGAUGCACUGUGCAAGCAAUCAAAUUGUCGUUAUCCUGCUGUCUAUUCGAAUGACUCUGGCGACCCGCGUCGCGAGUCUCUCUCUUCAACUCCGAGUGUGUUUCCUCUGUGUUGUGCAAAAGCUCACGAUGUAUUGCUCACGCGGGUUUCCCGGCUUGUCCUGAGAUCCCAAACCAGCGAAGAGACUUCUGAUCCUGUUCUCUUCCUUCUUCUGUGGCUUUUGUCCUUCUCCCCUGCGUUCCCUGUUGAGUGUCGGCGCUUGGCGCUCUCUGAAAGCGCCACCCUCACUCUCGCAGAUCGCACGUUUUUUCUAUCUCUCUUCGGAGCAGAAGCGAGAGUUGGCGACGGACCGAAAAUCAGAAACCUGGACGAUGCUUGUGAGACGAGAAAGAUGACAAACGAACGAGUAAAUGUACAGAACAAGAAGGGAACUCAGGGACAUUAUGGUGAGAAACCGGAAAGCAGAGAACAGCAAGAAGCGGGGGCAAACGUAGGACGGCACAAAAGCAAGCUUUGGAGAGGCCACCCCACGUGGGGGGUCGUGACGCCUCACGGACGCGGGCUCUGGGGCCUUAGUGAGGCCAGUUGGUGGUUGAUGCGCCCAGGCGGAUUCCCUCCAGAAACCAGGGAGGAACUUCUGACCUGUUAUCGGUCCUUCCUACGGGCGCGGCUCUCCAACGGUUUCGUUUUCUCGUUCGACAAUACUCCACUGCUUUCAAACAUGCCACGUGUCAACGCGAACGAGGACGCAGUAGGCGGUGGCCAGCUUCAACGGCAAGGACUCCUGACAAUCCAAGCGUUAGCAGUUCUGGUCCAAGAUGAGAUGGGGACUCUUCGUAGAGAUCCGCCGUGUGUGGCACUUGACAAGGCAAGACCGUGGAGACCAGGAGUCGUGGCGACUCAUCACGAAACAUCAGAGAGCUGCCGACGAGGGAUGGGUUUGACAGCACGCCUAACAACCCGCGACAGCAUCUUGCGUGUGGUCAAGCGGAUCAUGAACGUGUUGGGGGCGAGUUCAAGUUCUGGCAUUCCCGAAUGCACCCAGGCAAUUAACAUUGAUUCGCUUGUGCGUCAGUUGAGCGAGGCUGUUCAGGGUCUUUUCGGUCUCGAACGCAUAUGCAGAGAAUAUGGUGUUGCUCCGGUGGAUCCGUCUUGUUAGGCAGCACUGUCAUCCUCACACCUGGGAAACGCCUCCACACUAGAGACAUAGAGCGUUUCCUCUAACACGGGUUUCUUUUUCCUGGUUGUUUCGGUUGCUGUUUUUAUCUUUGUGCUCUACACAGACUCGUCCGUUUCAAUUGAUAAGCGGUGGUGUUCACAUGGGCCAUUCGAGUGACUGUCGAGUAGUCUCAACGUAGCACUGGGCCAAGUUAAAGGACACACUAGAGCAACUGUCUUCCCUCUUCCUUCAAGGGGUCUGAGCGUGGCUGUCCGGCACACCGGAGUGUCAUACUCCCUGCAUAGCACUAGUCCAGCAGUACGGUUGAUGACAGGGG